GAAGUUAAUCAUCCAAAACUGAAAGCAGCUGUAGGUGUGGGUUGUCAGCACAAGUCUAAACAAAUGCUGGCUUUGUCUUGGGGCUGAUACAGUUUUGUUGUAAACAUGGCCAGUAGGGAUGUGCUGAAAUCCAGAUUUCUCACCUAUGAUAAAAUGUACACUCAUGAAAUGCGGGAACAAAGUUUUAUAGAAUGGCCCUUUAGAGAGGAAUGUAACUGCACACCUGAAAAGAUGGCUAAAGCUGGGUUUGUCCACUGCCCCAGUGAGAAUGAACCUGAUGUUGCCUGUUGUUUCUUCUGUCUGAUUGAGCUUGAAGGCUGGGAACCAGAUGAUGAUCCCUGCAGGUCUGAGCAUGCAAAACGCUCCCCUAACUGCGGAUUCUUAUUAAUGAAGAAAGACUUCACUGAGUUAACUGUAUCUGAAUUCUUUCACCUGGAAAAAGAGAGGCUAAAGACUUAUAUUAGGAAAGUUUGUUACAAUAAGAUGGCGUAUAUGCGUGAUGAGGUGGACCACAUGCUUGAAGGCCUUAAAUCUCAGCUGGACUCAAUAUGAUUCAUAUUCUGGUGUAUUACCUGUUUAAUAUUUAAACUAAUCUCCAAGUUGCAGCAAGAAUAUCAUAUCUUCACGUAAUGAGUUAACAAAAUGACAUUUUAAACGCCAA